AAGGAGGAGGGAGAGAGGUAGGAGAGUGUGUGUGUGUGAUGCUACAACCUCCUUAUAAAGGAACUCUCUCUCUCACGUUGUGGCUUGGAAACUAGAGUACAUUGCCUAAAAAUUGAGGUCUCCAGUAUUACGCACACACACACUCACAUACACACAAGCCGGAGUCACCGAGAAGCCGCUGCCAUGAACCGGGAUAGCGUGGAUGAGAUGAUGAGCCGGGCCGAGACGCCUCUCUUCUGGGUCGGCGCGUUCACCGUGGCCUCCCUGGCGCUUUGGCUGCUCUACAGGCUCCUCACCGGCUUUAGGAUAUGGAUCCUGGGGAACGGGCAGCUUCUCACCCCGAGGCUGGGAAAAUGGGCAGUUGUGACGGGAGCCACGGACGGCAUCGGGAAGUCCUACGCGGAGGAGUUGGCUCGUCGAGGGUUCGCCAUGAUGUUGAUCAGUCGCUCCCAAGAGAAGCUGGAUGACGUCGCCAGGUCACUUGAGGAGCAGUUUAAGGUGGAGACCAGGACCAUCGCUGUCGACUUUUGCAGACUGGAUAUUUACUCCAAAAUUGAGGAAGGACUGGCUGAUCUGGAGAUUGGUGUUCUUGUUAAUAAUGUAGGUGUUUCCUACCCCUACCCUGAGUACUACCUCCACAUUCCUGAUCUGGAAAAUUUCAUCACAAACACCAUCAACGUCAACAUGACCUCGGUGUGCCAGAUGACUCGCCUGGUGCUGCCCAAAAUGGUAGAGAGAUCCAAAGGCGUCAUCCUCAACAUCUCCUCUGCCAGCGGCAUGUACCCCGUCCCGCUGCUCACAGUCUACUCUGCAACCAAGGCGUUUGUGGACUUCUUCUCCCGCGGCCUUCAUGAGGAGUACAGACGGCAGGGCAUCAUCAUUCAGAGUGUGCUUCCCUUCUUUGUGGUAACCAAAAUGACCCGCAUCAGGAAGCCCACCCUGGAUAAGCCCACCCCGGAGCGCUACGUAGCAGCUGAGCUCAACACUGUGGGUCUGCAGAGCCAGACUAACGGCUACUUCCCCCACGCUGUCAUGGGUUGGGUGACCACCCGGCUGGUGCCGAGCAGCAUCGUAAUCUUCCUGGGGGCCAGAAUGAACCGCCUUCAGCGCACAGGAUACCUGCACAGGAGGAAGCUGCGGGAGCAAAGGAACGGAGCCAGUCUGAAAACUGAAUAACGGCAAGGCCGCAGGCAACACAGGCAGCCGCUCCUUUUUCGGCCGAGACUGUGCCUAAGGAAGUACGUUGGUGUGCUUCCAUCCUCUGGAGCUGCCUUCAAGUGUAACCCGUUUUGUGCCUUGAGUAAACAUGCACAGCAGACUUAAAUCUGCGAUAAUCUGCCCCUGAUGUCUGUCUGGGUAGGUGUGGCCAAAGGAUUCAGGAAGUUGUGUGGUAUAAAGUGCUAGUUUGUUUUUUCUUUUUUUGGUCAUCGACACUAACGGUGAAAAAUAACAAAGCAAAUCGAAGACCAAACGCUGCUGUAUUAGGCAGUGAAAAAUGGUGAUGGGCAUAUUUUUUAUAUAUAUACUUAUUUAUUGUAUAUUUGUAAGAUGCACAUGUAAAACACAAAAUCUGCAGCACCAGCGUUGAACCUACAGUAGCUCUCUUUACUAAUGUAAGAUAUUUAAAAAAAAAAACAGGCAGUUUCUGCUUUUAUUAUUCCUGUUUUUUUUCUUACUUGGCUUACAUUCCCCCUGUUUUUUUCUUCUUCUUUUUUUUGUUUGCUGAUCUUGUGUGUUGCAGACUAUUUAAAGUGUCACUGUGGUGGGUUGUAUUUGUAUUGACGUGUCGCCUUUUCCAUGCUAGUCUAUUCAAAUUCUUAGUUUCUUUUCUUGUAAUAUUGCUAGAAACGGUUGGAUUCAGUGACGGGGUGGUUGCUUUGAUUUAUCAUGACAGGAUCUUAAAUGGGAAUAGUGAACUCUUUUCUUUUUUCUCCCAAUCAAUUGACUGUUAUUUUUGGUAGUUUUCUUUAAUGUAUCGGAAUGGCUCUAAUAUUGACAGAUCCCUCUGUUAAAUGCUGAGCAAAUAUUUAAUUGGAGUUUUUUAAUAUCACCAAACUAGGGUUGUCGCAUCAUCAGCUUUUCAUCUGCGAUUUUUUUACGAUUGAUUAGUUCAGAUGCCACAAAGUGUUAAAUUUUCAAAAUCAAACGAUGCAAGUGUUUUUUUUUUUUUUUUUAUUAUAUAUACUUGAUGCCUGCUGCAACACUCCAUAUGAUGUGGUCUGACCUGGACCUCUUGUGGUAUUCUUGUGAAUUUUUUUUUCUAGUCUUUUAUAUGCCUUACAAAUAGAGUUCCAAAUGUAAAAUGUAUUAAUUCUGCUUAUCUUUUCUACCGUUUGUUAAUAAAAAAAACUUUGGCAGAAUAA